AUGUAUAGUGCCGUUGUUCAAGAUGAAGCUGAGAAACAGGACAAACGAGAAAUUUGCCAGCAGAUAGAGGAGAUAUUGAAGAGUUUCGAACUUAAAGUGUAUAUGGGUUCAGAGGAACCAUUGAAGGAGGAUAGGAAAGAUCAGAAGAUUUCAAAAACUAAAGUAGGUGAAGAGAGAGGCACAAAAAGUGCGGAAGAAGAGAAGAGUGGAAAUAGGAAAGAGGGGAAUAACGAAGAGAAAUCAGAAAGCGAAAUAGAUGAAAAAGCGGCUGAGAAGCAGAGAGAAUUAGAGGAAGAGUGGAAGGAAUUCAUACUAUGGAAACAAGAUAAGAUUUUUAAUGAUGCAAAGAAAAAGAGUGAGAAUGAUAAAGCCAAAAUGUUAGAAGCAGACAAGGAGAGGCAACGGAAACAGAACGUUGAUGAGAGGCCACCGGAGAGUACUAAGAGCCGGAAAUCUCGUUCUGACUAUAGACAGGAAGACGAAGAUAGUAAAAGUGAGACUGAAGAAAGCAGUGACGGAAGGUCGCCGGAGCGCAAUAAGAGCCGGAAGUCACGAAACGAGAAAAGAAAGGAAGAAAGACAGUCAUAG